CACCAGAGGGCCCGCCCCUGGAUAUGCAGCUUGUGGCCCUCAGUUCCAGCAGCAUCAAAGUAACCUGGAAGCCUCCGAGGACUGAGCUGAGAAACGGCGUUCUGCGGGGUUACAACAUUAACUACAGAGAGUAUGACCCCUGUGGCCAAACAGUUUAAACGGUGGCAGUAUUUAACUGUGGCGGCCACGCGUGAACAAGAGACCGUCACUCUUGUUAACCUGAAGCCUUCUACCAUGUACGGCGUGCUCAUACAGGCCAAAACAAUCGCCGGGGUCGGACCAGCUUCAAAUGCACCUCUCUGCUCAACUCUGGAUGAGAUUCCUAAAACAACAACAACAACAACAACAACAGUAACUACUUUGCCUUCUUCCACUGCUGCCACAAUGCGGCUACAUUUUUCCUCGGUUUACGCAACUUCUGCAACCUCAGCAACCUCAACAACUUCAGCAACCCCAUCGACUUCAGCAACCUCAACAACUUCAACAACCCCAUCAACUUCAGCAACCCCAUCAACUUCAACAACCCCAUCAACUUCAGCAACCCCAUCAACUUCAGCAACCUCAACAACUUCAGCAACCCCAUCACCUUCAGCAACCCCAUCAACUUCAGCAACCUCAACAACUUCAGCAACCCCAUCACCUUCAACAAUCUCAAUAACUUUUUAUGCCGCCACAGUUUGGGAGCAAAGCACUGCCAGUAUCUCAGGAGUGCCCCCGGAUCCCCCAGUGAUCGAGUUAAAGAAGGUGGACAGCAAUUCGUUUUCCCUUUUUUGGAAUAGUUCCGAAGGUGACAGCCCCAUCACCGGGUAUUUCCUCGAGUACAAAGCAGUGAAUGCUUCCUGGGAUUACACAAAGAACGCUGUGGACUUUGGAGCCCAUGAGACGGAGGCCACAAUAAUAGAGAUGAAUCCCUCGACAUACAACGUCCGCAUGUUUGCCAAGAACAGCCAGGCCACCAGUGCAGCCAGCAAUGUCCUCACGAUCACCACUGGGGAAGCAGGUCAUGAGAAGGACAUACUCAUUACCAGCAUGAUGCCAUAUACUGCAAGCCCUUUGAACAGUCCUAGUCAUCACCUGAUAGGCAUCUUUGUAGCGGUGGGCCUCUUGGUGGUAACAGGCGCCAUAUUAACCACGUGGCAGCUUCGCCGACUAAAACAGAAAAAAGGCACCCUGAGCAUCUGGCUGGGUAAUGGAGAAGUACGCUACACAGACUGCGAGUCACUACACGAGCUGUAAAACACAGAGUUAAUUUGGGCUGUGGAAGAAUCGUAGAACUAACCAAGACAAAAAGUACUUUUAAAUUUCACAUUUGCAAAAAAAAAAAAAGAUGUAUAUUUUUGUCUGUCACAGAGGAAAGAUGACUAAUCUGCUAAAACGUCACCGACAUGUCGGGCUGAUUACAACUAACCAAAAGAAAACACUCAUUAAAUAAGCUUACAAAAAGGGGGACUCUGGUUUUUAUAAAGCAGCUUCUGUUUGUGUGUGUGGUUGCGUUUCUACAGUCAUCAUCGAAUCAUCAGUUUUUUUGUUUGUUAGUUUUAGUUUUGCAUGUAAUGGGAACGCACGACAGCUCUGCUAUUGUUUUUGUGAAACUUUUACAGUGUUUGUCCUUCUGCAUGUAUUUUAUUUCACGGUGUAAACCACAGUGUGUUUAUUUAACAAUCACAGAAUAAAUUAACACUUAGCCACAA